AUGACUUGUUCCAGUCCUUACCCGAAUUGGCGAAGCUAUGGUCUGCUUCAAUUGGAUUUUGAUGUUGUCAAGCACAAACAAGAAAGAGGAAAGGGAAUAUCCUUUGGAAUAUCUAGAUACCUAACGAGAGUAGAGAGACUUUUUUUCACAAGAAUGUUUAAUGGAACUCCUGAAAAUCCAAGACUUUCAGUCUUCUGCUCAGAAAAACAGUUAUAUGCUACAUUGGUAGAUGACCAAAAUAAGAAGUCCUUGUUUUACGGGAGCACUUUGCAAAAAUCAAUCCGGGGUGAUCCACCAUGCAGCACUGUAGAAGCAGCGGAACGUGUCGGUGAGAAACUUGUGCAGACUAGUGUUGAUCUCAACAUCAAUAAGAUUUCAUCUUAUGAUUGCAAUGGUUUUGCUCGAGGAGAAAGAAUGCAAGCGUUUGAGAUUGCCAUUUCUCGCCAUGGUUUCCUGCCCAGAUAGUUUCUUCCUUCUUUUCUAUGUGAAUUAUUUAUAGCCUUCAGAAGUCUGAAGCUUU